UUCUUGACAUAUCUACAAAAGACCCUUUUUUUUUAACAUUAGUUUUAUCUCUGUGUGUUUUUAUUGAAAGUUGAAAUGUCUCCAAGUAUUUAAUGGUUGGGAAGUUAGGAAUAUCUUUGUUUAUGUUUGACUAAAUUUUGGAACAUUUCAACCUUCAAAGCUGCCAACUUUGUUUUUUUUUCUUUCUAUGUGUAGUUGUUUGGGUUGAAAACUUUGUGCUUAAGAUUCUUGAAGUUUAGGAUUUCAAAGGUUUGAUCAGUUGAGUUAAUUGAAUCUUUCCAAAUUGAGGGUCUUUGCUGAAAAGGACAAAUCUUUGUUUUUAUUUGUAGAGUGAUUGACUUUUUUAGCUGUCUAUAAGUUUUUUGUUUAUGCUAAGAAGUUUUUUUGUUUACCAGAUGGAUGGUUUUUGCAGUAUCAAGAAUUGUAAGUAGUGAAAUUGAGGCUGCAACUGAGUAGAAAAACAGGAAAAGAUUGAAUUUUUUGGGGGGUUGAGAGAUAUGGAGAAAAAAGAUGGAGAGCAUUGGAAGGAGAUGGUGAAAAGAAUGCUUCCUCAGGGAGGGGAUGGGGAAAAUAUCGAAUAUUCAAUAGCAAUGGAGUAUACUGGUCCUUUGUUGUCAUAUGAGGUUCCUAAAGUAGAGCCUCUUGAUGUGAAUUCUAGUGCAAUUCCAAUAGCAGAACCUCUUUCAGAAUCAAGAAGAUCAUUGAGUAAUGGUGUUGCCCCGGUUAUCGAACCUAUUCCAUUGCCGGUAUCUCGUAUUGCUGGAGUAACAAGUUCCCCUAGUCAUAGUCCAAGGGUAUCUUAUAGUUCUGAGUCUCAAGUGUCUGUCUUGCAGAACCCUGAUUCUUCUUCAGGUUCUCCGUCAGCGUCCCCGGGUUCAGUGCUGAAUCACCAGGGGAGAAGAGCCCCAGUAGUCACCUUUGUUGAUAGAUCUGAAAGAGUAACGGGGGAAAUUGAGAAUCAAGUCUUUCCUGAAUAUGUUGGAGUUUCUAAGGAAAGAAAGAAGAAUAAGAAGUCAAGAGUCUGUCAUAGGUGUGGAAAAGGGAAGUGGGAAAGUAAAGAGUCUUGCUUGGUUUGUGACGCAAAGUAUUGUAGCAAUUGUGUGCUUAGAGCAAUGGGUUCGAUGCCUGAAGGGCGGAAAUGUGUGAGUUGCAUUAGCCAGCCAAUUGAUGAGUCAAAGAGGUCCAAACUUGGUAAAAAUUCUAGAGUCUUAUCGCGUUUGCUUAGUCCUUUGGAAGUCAAGCAGAUAAUGAAAGCAGAAAGAGAAUGUGCUGCUAAUCAGCUCCGCCCAGAACAGCUGAUUGUGAACGGAUUUCCUUUAAAGCCAGAUGAGAUGGCAGAACUCUUUGGGUGCCUUUUACCUCCUAGGAAGUUGAAGCCUGGGAGGUAUUGGUAUGAUAAGGAAUCUGGACUAUGGGGAAAGGAAGGAGAAAAACCAGACAGAGUUGUCAGUUCAAACCUAAAUUUUACGGGAAAACUUAGUGCUCAUGCUAGCAAUGGAAGUACUCAGGUUUACAUUAAUGGCCGAGAGAUAACAAGACGUGAACUCCGAGUGCUGAAGUUUGCAAAAGUGCAAUGCCCUCGUGACACUCACUUUUGGGUAUAUGAUGAUGGUCGUUACGAGGAAGAAGGACAAAACAACAUUCGGGGUAACAUAUGGGAAAAGGCGACAACAAGGUUUGUUUGCUCUCUGUUUUCCUUGCCUGUACCACAUGGUCAACCCUAUGGACAGAGAGACGAGCCUAGCAAUUAUACUACUGUUCCAAAUUACUUGGAGCAGAAAAGGGUUCAAAAGCUACUUUUACUAGGGCUUGAAGGUUCUGGAACAAGCACUAUUUUCAAACAGGCAAAAUUUUUGUAUGGAAACACGUUUACCUCUGAAGAAAUUCAAGACAUCAAGUUGAUGAUUCAAAGCAAUAUUUACAAGUAUCUGAGCAUUCUUCUUGAUGGAAGGGAGCGCUUUGAGGAGGAGGCUUUAGCAAGAAAAACUGUGGAAGAUUGUAACACAGAAUCUCCGGAAGACAGCAAGUGUAUCUAUACCUUAAAUCAAAGGUUGAAGCAUUUCUCUGAUUGGCUACUGGAUAUUAUAGCCACCGGUGAUUUGGAUGCUUUCUUCCCUGCAGCAACACGUGAAUAUGCUCCAUUGGUUGAAGAGGUCUGGAAGGAUCCUGCUAUACAGGAAACAUACAAGAGAAGAAAUGAGCUUCAUUUUCUUCCAGAUGUGGCGGAUUACUUCUUGAGCAAGGCUGUGGAGGUAUCAAGCAAUGAGUAUGAACCUUCGGAGCAAGACAUUCUGUAUGCAGAAGGAGUUACGCAAGGUAAUGGGUUGGCCUUUAUGGAGUUCCAAUUGGAUGAUCGUAGCCCAAUGUCUGAAACCUAUGGAGACAAUCUGGAAGCUCCUCCCCCUCUCACCAGGUAUCAGCUAAUUCGACUAAAUGCCAAAGGAAUGAAUGAAGGAUGCAAAUGGGUAGAGAUGUUUGAAGAUGUCCGUGUCGUAGUAUUCUGUGUUUCCCUUAGUGAUUAUGAUCAGAUGUGGGUUGCUCCAGAGGAAAAUGGUAGCGGUGCACUACUUCAGAACAAGAUGAUGCAUAACAGGGAACUUUUCGAAACAAUGAUCAGGCAUCCUUGUUUCAAAGAGACCCCAUUUGUUUUAGUAUUGAACAAGUAUGACCUGUUCGAGGAAAAGGUCAACCGUGUGCCAUUGGGCGCUUGUGAAUGGUUCACUGAUUUCAGUCCAUUGAGACCUCACACCAAUAGCCAGUCACUAGCUCACCAAGCGUAUUACUAUGUUGCAAUGAAGUUCAAAGGCCUCUAUGCUUCCCUCACAAGUAGAAAGCUAUUUGUGUGGCAAGCUCGGGCUAGGGAACGAAUAACUGUUGAUGAAGCAUUCAAGUAUAUAAGGGAGGUCGCGAAGUGGGACGAGGAAAAAGAAGAGACCUACAACGUUGGAGCAGAAGAUUCAUUUUACAGUACAACCGAUAUUAGCUCGUCUCCUUUCUUCCGACAGGAGUGAAAUAACUUAAAAGACAUGUUGAUAGUGUAGAUUAGGACACAGAGAGAGAGGGAGAGAGGAAUGUAAUAUGGAAAUAAGUUUGUACUUACAUUUUUUCGCCAUCGCGUUUUCGUGGUUUUUACAGAGAUAAUGGUGUUGUUUCAAGUGAAUAUCUGGAGUUUUGUGCCAUAUAUUGUAUGUUCUGAUGCUCCUCAAAAGAGAUUUUGAAUGGCAAUACAAGGUUGAGAAUAGGUACUUAUUUUGCAUUCUA